AUGAAUAUAAUACAAUCAAAUAAUAGUUGGAAUAUUCCUGUUCAGAAUUCAUUAACAAAUUUCAAUAUAUUACGAGAAAAUAAUCCAUUACAAAUUAUUGCUGAUACAAGAUUUCAUACGAUUAUAGUACGAGCUACAAAACAAAAUAGUAUAGCACCAUUUUCACCUACACAAAUGAUACGUUCUGAACGUAGUUCAUGGUCAUCUGCUUCAAUUGUUAGUAGUAUUGAUUUAAAAUCACCUGAACCAAUAUUACAUACUGAAGUUUAUCAAAAAUUAGAAACAAUGAAUAAAACAUCAAAAAAUCGAAAAUUAGUAAUUAUUUUGAUUAUUUUGCUUACACUAUUAAUUUUAAUUAUUAUUAUUAUUGUAUUAACAUUAACAUUAAUUAAAAAUUCAUCAACGGAAACUACAAUAAUUACAAGUCCAACGACAACGAAAAUUUAA